UUAAAUUUUUUCGAAAUGGCAACUAUUGAAUUGCUUGCGGAUAGAAUUACUGAUUUGGAGAAAAGAAUACAUGGACUUAUGAAGACAACUGAGACGAAUGAUACUUCACUGGAAAAUUCUGUAAUCCAUAAUCUUUUAGAUGUGAAUACGUUAAUCUCAUCUGCAAUGUCAGGAAGAGAGAAUAUAAAUCUUAUUACAAAACGAUUACCAGAACUGAAUAGUUACUUAGAUCCACUAGUUGAAAGUUCAGAAAUACCUGUAGAAGCUAAAUUUCAGUUCUUAUCAGCAAUGACACGAGAGAUUAAGCAAAAUUAUGAAAUGUUAAAAGAGAUCCAAGAAUUAAUGUCUAUAUUAGAAAGUGAUCAUUUGAAAGAUGUGCCAGAAUUAACGAAUAAGCUCAAUGAUUUAAAUUUAACAUAUCUCAAAUUAUAUGAGGCUGUUCAAGGAUUUAAUAGUCGUGUAAAUGAAUUCUUUUCCAAAUACAAUGAAGUAAUAACUAGUAUUUCUAAGUCACUAAUUACUGUAGAUCGUAUUGUAACAAUAGCUGAAAUUGAAGCAAAGCCUAUGGAAGAACGAGAUAUAGACUGUAUGAUAUAAAUUACUUAAAGAAAAUUAAUUAUUUGUAGUAUCGGGGUUCUAUCCUCCAUACCCGAAUAGAAAACCGACCAGGGACAAUAGAGAGGGAGUUGUUGGCAUAGUGCGCAAAGCUUCAGCUUGCUAAGCCAAAGGUU